CUUGGAAUUAGGGAUCCGCGCGUGUAUGCGCAUGCGCUGAAACGCAAUUUUUUGUCUCGGACAGCGGCUCGCCAGCAGUCGUCCGUCUGUCGAGAGAGCGUGUUGAGGACGAUGUUGUGCGUCGUGUGCGAGGGUCGACGACGAGACCCGUCGACGAUGUACUGUCUACGUAAAUACGUCGUGUUCGCGUAACGCGAGUCGAAAAAACGAAACGAGAAAAUAAGUGUGAAUAAUUACACGCUAUACCAUCCCUAAACAGAGUCCAUGCGCUCUUCAUAGCCAUGGCUUCAGUGAAGGUAGCCGUAAGAGUUCGUCCUUUUAACAAAAGGGAGCUGGCGAUGAAUGCGAAGAUGAUCGUGCAAAUGGAUGGCAAGAAAACACGUAUUUUCAAUACCAAGACACCAGGUAGUUGCAGAGAAAUCGACAGAGAGAAAUACAAAGACUUCACGUUCGAUCACUCGUACUGGUCCUUCGACACGAACGACGAGAAUUAUGCAUCCCAGGAAGAGGUUUUCUAUGACCUUGGAACGGACGUAAUAGAAAGUGCCUUCGAGGGCUACAAUGCCUGUGUCUUUGCCUACGGCCAGACAGGAUCUGGGAAGACCUUUACAAUGAUGGGCACGCCGGAGGCUCAAGGGUUGAUACCACGAAUUUGUAAGACGUUGUUCGCCAGAAUGGCUGCGGGUAAAGAGAGCGGAGCGUCUUAUAGAACCGAGGUAUCCUUCCUGGAAAUACACAACGAGAGAGUGAGAGACUUGCUGCGACUGGACCAGUCACAGUCUCAUUCCCUCCGAGUGCGGGAGCAUCCUAAAAGAGGGCCCUAUGUCCAAGACCUGUCGAGCCACCUCGUGUACGAUUAUUCAGACAUUCAGGAAUGUAUGGUGAGAGGUAACACGCACAGAACUACAGCCAGCACAAACAUGAACGACGUGAGCAGCAGAAGUCACGCGAUUUUUACGAUAACAUUCGUGCAAGCCGGACUCUCUGAGGGCAAUAUGCCGUCGGAGACCGUUUCCAAGGUGCAUCUUGUCGACUUGGCCGGAAGCGAACGUGCAAAUGCAACAGGAGCGACGGGUCAACGACUGAAAGAGGGUGCGCACAUAAACAAGUCACUGGUGACUUUAGGUUCUGUGAUAUCCGCGCUCGCGGAAGUAAGUUCCACGAGCGAUCCUUCUUCCUCCUCGAAGCGAAACGUUUUCAUACCUUACCGCGACAGUGUGCUAACGUGGUUGCUAAAGGAUUCGCUUGGAGGUAAUUCGAAGACUAUCAUGAUAGCUGCUAUUAGUCCGGCAGACUGUAAUUACGGGGAGACGUUGAGUACGCUCAGGUACGCGAACCGAGCGAAAAAUAUAAUUAACAAACCAACAAUCAACGAAGAUCCAAAUGUAAAACUCAUUAGAGAACUCAGGGAAGAGAUACAGAAACUGAAAUCUCUUAUCGGUAAAGACAUGAGCGUUGAAAGGCCACCGCAGGUAUUGUUGGCUCAGAUUCAUGAGAAACAAGAACAGGAGAAAGUGUUGACGGAAGAAUGGACGGAAAAGUGGCGAGAAACACAGCAGAUUCUUCAGGAACAAAAAGCGUUAGGUCUUCGAAAGAGUGGUGUUGGCGUCGUUUUAGACUCGGAGAUGCCUCACUUGGUAGGAAUCGACGAUGAUCUCCUAAGCACCGGUGUCACGUUGUAUCAUCUGAAAGAGGGUAGAACGUUAGUUGGAACAGAGGAGGCACCAACGACGCAGGAUAUCGUAUUAACCGGCGCAGACGUCGAGCCAGAACAUUGUGUGGUAGAGCUAGACAGCGGUGUAGCAACCCUUCAUCCCCUUUCUCCCCAUUGUUGGAUCAACACCGCCCAAGUGGAUAAACCGACACGUUUGUCGCAAGGUUGUAUCAUUCUUCUGGGCAGGAACAAUAUGUUCCGCUAUAACGAUCCAGCAGAGGCGGCGAAGCUAAGAAAGGAAGGUGGAACGGGUAACGGUAACCUUCAAUCCACGGUCGUCAAUCUUUCAAGAUUAUCCCUCUUGAGCUGGAGUGUCUCGGACUUACACGCUUCCUCCUCUAGCGAUAAUCUUUUAAAUUCGAGCGAAGAUCUCCGGGCACUCGAGGAACUGGAACAGCAGAAGGCUGCUCUUAUCAAGGAAAAGGAAGACUUUAAGAGGGAACAGGAGGAAAGAGAAGAAAGAUGGGCCGCUAGAAGAGAAGCCCUGGAAGGUGCACAACGUGAACUGGAACGCGAAUGGGGCGCCCAAUGGAAAGAGUGGGCUGAUGCGAUAUCAGCCCUUGAAUCACGGCAACGCGAGUUACGCGCAAGACGUCAUGUCCUGGAACAAGAACGACGAGACGAAAUGACGCAAGUAGAAAAUUUAUGUAGGGAAGUUGCCUCACUGCGUACAACAUUGCAAUCCAAGCAUCGUCAGUUUCAAGAGUUCAUGAACAAUCACGAACGCGCUCAAAGAUUCCAUCAAUGGUGGGAGAAGACGGAUGACGGUGCUGGAAGUGAUGGUAGCUUGCCAGAAUCUUGGUCGAGUUUGAACGAUGAUAAAUGCGUUGAUGCUGUCCGAGAACUUGUUAAUCAUCACAAAAAAGAACUGGCUGUCCUGGAAACAGAAUUGCAGAACAAAGUGAAAUCAUUAAAUGAACAUCAAAGUAAGGUAGACAAGAUGGAAGAGGAACUGAUUGAAAUAGCUAGAAAACAGAAGCACAUGAUCAACCUGGAGUUGGAGGGAGAAGGAAACACAGAGAAGAAAGUGCUGUUAGCAAAACGUUCGCAAGAACAGCUGCAAGAAAUCCUGCGACGAAAACAGAGUUUAUCAUUGAACCUGAAGCGCGCUUUACCCGCGUCACCUGGCGAUCAUUCAUUCAGUGGCGAAGAGAUCUUUUCCAAUGGAGACAAUCAAUCGUUCCAGGAUGCUUGCAAUAGGAAACUUCAAAUAGCUUCUGCUUUGAGUCUACUGCCACAAAAUGUUCCAAGCUCUAUAGAGACUGCCGACACGUUCCACACAGCUGCGGCUGAUUCACCAGAACCUCGCAUACCCUUCGAAGAACCUCGUACGAAAGAAUCUCGUAUUCCAUCUGAUAACAACGAGCAAGAAGAAUCUCAAGAAUCGCAGCUUCCUCAGGAGGUUCCCUCGCAGAACGACAAAGCGAAACUGCUUGAAGUGGAAGGCAAAAGCUCGUUGAACCUGAACAGAAAGUCUCCUGUGGAAAUAAAAACGGACAAAUGUAACGGCAGUGCUAACAGUGAAAAGACAGAUUCUAGAUCACCGACUAAUUCAACGAUAGAGGAAGAUUCGAUUCCCCAGGAUUCGCUGGAGUCACCGGUGCAACAAAAUCCAUCGAUGAAACGAUUAAACCAAAGAAUCGCUCGUCAACGAAUGAUGGUAAUGAGGUGUUUGGAGGCCAGCUCACCCUCUAAAGAAGAUCUGAAUAAACAAAUAGCCAUUCUACAAGACCUCCAGAAGCAACAGAUUGAACUAGAGGUAGCGUUGUUGGAAAAUGAACGCAAGAAUGUUAAACGAUCCAACUCUGAAAGCAGUAACGACAGGUUGUCACCGAUCGUUGAUGGAAACGAUCGUGUACAAAACACGGAGACGAGCACAUGUUGCGAUCUAGAGUCAACGAAUAGCUCUGCCACAUUGGUGACCGUGGCUACUACACGAUCUCCCAUCCUCAGGAACAACAGGCCUAACACUAACGACGAGGAGAAUCUGUCGGAAUCGGUUGCGCCUCGAAUAUCAUCGGGAAGAGGAUACUCGACGGUUUAUCUCACGAGCCAAAACAGAGGCGAUCGGCUAAGCAGCCCUUAUUCCCUGACAAUCACGAGGUCCCUGCCGUCUCUGAUAGCAAACGACGCCGAUUACGACAGUGUGAUUAAUAUGAUCGUUAGUAUACCCUCUUACGUGAUACGUGGGGCUGGUACGUCCAGCCAUUACGAGUACGAGGUACGUGUCGUGGCCCAAGAUGAUAGCUGGACACUUCUACGCAGAUACAGAAGAUUCCGGGAGUUGUAUAUCUCGAUGCGACAGAAAUACGGUAGCAAGGUAGCAGCGAUACGCUUUCCACCACGACAAGUUUUCCCCAAAUACGAAGUGGUGGCACGACAACGUAGAAAACGAUUAGAAGAAUAUUUGCGACGAUUGAUUCAGGUAUGCUCCGAAUUGCCGCACUGCGAACCUCUCUACAAGUACAACGGCAACUUAAGCAACAUAGAUAAGCAAUCGUUGCUGGAAUUCAGUUCGUUCUUCAGACGCGACAUUCGAAAGCAGCAAAUACGGGACGAGUUAAAAGGAAGGACGAUUCCCCUGAGUGUUGGAGAACGAACAGAUUCGAGCGAACGUUUAUAGGAGAUAUUUAUAAUUCGUUAUGUAUUUUUUUAUAAAGAUAAAACCGGAGAUAAGCUAAAGUGGGAAAAAUAUUACCAAAUUAAUAGUCACCACUUUUUGCGACAAUUAUUAUUGUAUAUUUACAAAAAUGCGUUUCCAAAAGUUUAUUGUUUAUAAGACUGAUAUAUUGUAUAGAUAUAUAGAGAGUGUCUCAUAACUCCUGUAACACCCGGAAAUGGGGGGGUUGCUGGGGUGAUUCUGAACAACUUUUUCCUUUACCAAAAUGUUGGUUGAAGCUUCGUUUUUGAAUUAUUAACGAAAAACACUGGCCAAUGAGAGUGCGUGUAGAGCGCGCGCUCAAUCACUAGAACGUUGGCUCUCGAUCGCGCUCGAUCCUGGUCGUGAACAAACGCAUUGGCACAGCGUGCGUAUCGAGGGAAACGUGCGACUAAUUCCACAUUGUUCUUAAUUUAAGACGACGUAAUAUUUAUCUCUCGUGGUUCAGCGCGCGCUGUUAUUGGCCAGUGUUAAUAAUUCAAAAACGAAGCUUCAAACAUUUUGGUAAAGGAAAAAGUUGUUCAGAAUCACCCCAACAACCCCCCAUUUUCUGGUGUUAUGCGAGUUCUGGAACACCCUGUAUACCGCCUAUUUAAUAAUUGUUUUGUUUGUAGAAUUAGUAAAGGGUGCCGCGAAAUUAUAUUUAAGAAACGAAGAUAAACAUUAUUUCAGUGACUUUGAUAUGUGUUGUGAAGGUUAGUGUCCAAAGGAAACUGACCUUCGUAACCUAUACCAAGUUGAGACACAGUAUACUUUGUUGUAUAUAAUUAUCCAAACAGAAUCUAACGAGUCUCGAAUUCUAUUCUCGAUACAGAUUUACCACUGAAAAUCAUUACACGAUCUGAUUAAUCAUCACGGAUUGCGGAUAUUUUCCUAAUGUUUUUCUCCCGUUAGAAUCGACAAUUACCAAGUGUACCUUUCCUAGCUUCGGUCUCGAAUGACAUUGAGUUAAAAAUUUUAACAAAUUCGCGCAUCUUUUUCGCUAGAAAUAUUUAUACGUAGCUAGAACAGUAUUGUUAAAAAAUACGCACGAAAUAAGAAUAAUUUUUGCUGUGCGCACAACCAUGGUGAUCAUAAAUAACGUCGAGUAUUUAUGCUCGUGAUAAUAAUUAGAAUUCAUAAAUGAUCGCGUUUAUUUUUUCGUCGGAACAGCGUCUUUUACACAUCAUCGUCACGACUGAGAUUCGAAUAGAUAUUUAGAAUUAAAAAAAAAAAGAAUAAAAAAAAGUGAACUUCCUCCUAGCAUGUAGUUAUAAACAUAUUGAAUUAUCAUAAUUUUACGAAGUGCAAAGAAUAUCAUAUCGCUGUUGAAGUUCUUCCGAUUCCGGGGAUUUAUAUUAUAUAUAUAUUGUAUAUUGUAUAUGUAUACACUGCAUUUCGCGGCAAAGUUUGUAAACAGAGGACAGCGCUGUUAAAAAACAGUUAUACAAUGCUUACGAUAAAUGAGACGGAAAACCAACGCUAACUUUGACAUCGUCGAUUAUUCUUGGCAAAAUGUUUAUCCGCUUAUUUAUAAAACCGCUUUCUGAAAAGAAAUAAACAAACAAAUGGCGUGGAUUUAUCUAUCACAGUGCAAAGAAAUAUAUAUGCUUUUCUAAAAUCCAAGGGAGUAUAUAAUGUAACAAUAAAAAGGAAAGAAAAGAAAAAAGAGAACGUGUCAUUUUGCCUUGAAUACUCAAAGUGGUGAAAAGAAUAUUUCUUAAACUUGUACUUGAACUCCUGUUGGUUAAUGUUGAAUGAAACUCAUAGCAAUACUUAUUGUCAUUGAAGUGAGUAUCUUAAAGCUUGUGAUCAAUGAUGAAUGAUCUAUGGCUGUGUAUAAGCGGACUUCAAAACCCAAGGAAUAAUCCUGGACGGCUAGUGGUACUAGUAAUUUGUAGCCGCGAGGUCUGUACAUUUAGCAAAUUGUUUAGAUAAAUAUUAUACCUCAUA